AUGGCUACGUCAAUACAGCAAUUUUGCUUGAGUUCCUUAACGACACAACCCACUCUCAAGGAAUCCCAGAAAAACCCACCUGUCAAAAUCUCAAAAUUCCCUCGAAAUCCUAUCAAAACCCCUUCUCUCAAAGGUGUUUGCAAACAAGGAAACCUCGAAGAAGCUUUUUUAGCACUUGGCCAUCUCUUCGUUAACCACAACCCAACUGAGGAUUGUUUAGAUGAAGCUUUUUCAUCGGUUCUUGAGCUUUGUGCAAGUGAAAAAGCAUUGUCACAUGGCCAACAAAUCCAUACCCAUAUCUUGAAAUCUAAUAAUACGUGUGAUUCACUGUUUUUGAACACUAAGCUCGUGUUUAUGUAUGGUAAAUGCUCGUCUUUAGUGGAUGCUGAGAAGGUGUUUGAUGGAAUGUUUGACAGAACUAUUUUUACGUGGAAUGCCAUGAUUGGUGCUUAUGUGACAAAUGGGGAACCUUUAGGAGCACUGGAAUUGUAUCAAGAAAUGCGUUUUUCAGGAGUUUCGCUAGAUGCAUUCACCUUUCCUUGCAUUCUCAAGGCAUGUGGUGGUGGGCUCAAGGAUCUUAUUCGCGGGAGUGAAAUUCAUGGUCUAGCAAUCAAACUUGGGUUUAUAACCAAUGUGAUUGUUGUUAAUUCGCUUAUGGAUAUGUACUCGAAGUGUGAUGAUCUCAAUGCGGCUACGUUGCUACAUAAUAGAGUGAACGAAAGAGAAGAUGUUGUAUCAUGGAAUUCAAUUAUAUCUGCUUAUGCUGCAAAUGGGAAGGCCAUAGAAGCUUUGAGGUUUUUCACAGAAAUGCAAAAGGCUGGUGUUCCCCCGAGCACAUAUACCUUUGUUGCUGCUCUUGAAGCCUGUGAGGAUUCAUCACUUGGUAAGCUUGGGAUGGAGAUUCAUGCAGCUAUUCUGAAAUCCACUCUCGGAUUUGACUUACACAUGGCCAAUGCUUUGGUUGUUAUGUACGCAAGAUGUGGUAAAAUGGGUGAAGCUGCAAUAAUAUUUGAUGGCAUGGAUGAGAGGGAUAAUAUAUCAUGGAACUCAAUGCUAUCAGGAUUUGUGCAAAAUGGUCUUUUUUAUGAUGCUCUGCAAUUCUUCCAUAAGAUACAUUAUGCAGGUCAAAGCCCUGACCAGGUUACAGUCAUAAGUAUGGUCAUUACCUCUGGUCGAUUGGGAAAUCUGUUAAAUGGAAAGGAAAUACAUGCUUAUGCUAUAAAAUAUGGAUUAGACUCUGAUUUGCAGGUUGGAAACACUUUAAUAUAUAUGUAUGCAAAGUGUUGUAAAAUGAACUAUAUGGACUCUGUUUUUGAUAGGAUGCAUUAUAAAGACUUCAUUUCUUGGACGACAAUUAUCAUGGGCCAUGCUCAGAACGAUUGUCAUUUAAGGGCCUUACAAUUGUUCCGGCAGGUACUGGUCAGAGGCCUGGAUGUUGAUGCAACAAUGAUUGGAAGUGCCCUGCUGGCUAGUAGCGGGUUGAAGUGCAUCUCACUUGUAAAAGAGAUUCAUGGUCAUGCUUUGAGAAGAGGUGUAUAUGAUCGUGUCUUACAAAAUUCAAUUGUUGAUGUUUAUGGAGAAUGUGAAAAUGUAGGUUAUGCAUCUCAUGUAUUUGAAUCUAUUGAAUUUAAAGAUGUUGUGUCUUGGACAAGCAUGAUGUCUUGUUAUGUCCAUAAUGGACUUGCAAAUGAGGCUCUUGACCUUUUCAUCUCUAUGACAGAAACAGCUGUUGAACCUGAUUCUGUUGCUUUAGUGAGUGCACUCUCUGCUGCCGCAGAUCUAUCUGCCUUAAGGAAAGGCAAAGAGAUUCAUGGGUUCUUGGUUAGAAAGGGCUUCAUUCUAGAGUGUCCCAUUGCAAGUUCUCUAGUGGAUAUGUAUGCCUCUUGUGGAACAAUAGAGAACUCAUAUAUGAUAUUUAAUUAUGUUGGAGACAAAGACUUAGUUUUAUGGACUAGCAUGAUAAAUGCAUGUGGAAGGCACGGCCAUGGUAAUGCAGCCCUAGAUAUAUUUAGACAGAUGGUGGGUGAAAAUGUUCGUCCUGAUCAUAUUACUUUCUUGGCACUUCUUUAUGCAUGUAGCCAUUCAGCACUGGUUGAUGAAGGCAGAAGAGUUUUUGAGAUAAUGAAGAAUGAAUAUAAGUUGGAGCCAUGGCCAGAACAUUAUGCCUGUCUGGUUGAUCUGCUUGGUCGGGCAAAUCACUUGGAAGAGGCUUUUGAGUUGGUGAAAAGCAUUGAAACAGAAGCUUCUGCAGCUGUCUGGUGCUCUCUCCUCAGUGGUUGUCGGGUUCAUUCUAACAAAGAAUUAGGAGAAUUUGCUAUACAGAAGCUUCUAGAAUUGGAUCCAGAGAAUCCGGGAAAUUAUGUACUGGUAUCUAAUGUAUUUGCUGCAACAGGUAGAUGGGAAGAUGUCGAAGAAGUGAGAACUAGGAUGAAGGGGAAAGGGUUGAGGAAGGAUCCUGCCUGUAGUUGGAUUGAGGUUGGUGACAAAAUUCAUACUUUCAUUGCAAGGGACAGGUCUCAUCCCCAAUGUGAUGAGAUAUACAAAAAGUUAGUUCAGAUUACUGAGCAAUUGGAGAGGGAGGGAGGCUACGUGGCUCAAACUAAGUAUGUUUUGCACAAUGUAGCUGAAAAAGAGAAAGUCAAGAUGCUUUAUGGCCACAGUGAAAGGCUGGCUAUUGCAUACGGCCUACUUGCGACAUCCGAGGGAACCCCAAUUCGGAUCACAAAGAACCUUCGUGUUUGUGGUGAUUGCCAUACUUUUAGCAAGCUGGUUUCAAAAUUCUUUGAACGCGAAAUUAUUGUGAGAGAUGCCAAUAGAUUUCAUCAUUUUCGUAGUGGAAGACCUUCAGGAUUCGGGCGAUGCUUUCAUCUGUUAGAGCAAGUUUUGAAGAACUUAUUCAAUAAAGGGCUGAAGGAAUAUGGUUAUCAAGAAACUUCGCUGCAAAUUAUAUUUUACAAAACCGACAAUACAUCGCAGAAGCUACUGCAUGAGAGGAGGGUGGUAAUAGCCUUACUUGCGCGAUUGAUCCCAGUGAGCAGUGGCUUAUACUGUUCAGCCUCGAGGAGAAGCAUUUGUAUACUUGGGAACUUUAAGGUUGUGAGACAUUGCUUUUUGUGCCUUAUGUUUCAAAUUAAAGGGGUGAAGAAAUGGAAAGAUAAACAAAGUCCUGAUGUUCACAUUAAGCUUCUUGUCAGAUAUAUUUCAAGUUCAAUGGUUGAAGGGUAUGCAUCGGGAAAUAUCUUGACAAUGAAUCGUCUCAUCUCAACCAUAGGUUUCUUUAAUUGA